UUUGUGACAUUUACAUAACCUUUAAACUGUGCUGGUAAUGUUUGUCGCAUUAGUACAAUAAAUAAGUAGUUAGUAAAUCCAAUUAACGAUAAGUCAGAUUAAUUUAUACUCUUAAUUCAUGUGGCAUAUACAUGAUCUUUUUGCUAACGACUUUAUUGUCGACGACACAUAGUUCACACAUAUAUUAAGGAGACAUCCACAGUUACAAUGCAAAGAAGAGUUAUUCCCUUAGUUAUUUAGUGAAUUUUAAAGACUCGUUAAAAUUUUAAUAUCGAAAUACAAUGAGGGUCGCAGCAUUGAUAAGUGGUGGCAAAGACAGCUGUUUUAAUAUGUUGCAAUGCAUAGGGGCUGGUCACGAGAUAGUGGCCUUAGCGAAUUUAUGUCCCAAGAAAAAGACAGAAAUGGAUAGUUACAUGUUUCAAAGUGUUGGUUUUGAAGCUAUUGAAUUAAUGGCAAAGGCCAUGGAAUUACCCCUUUUCCGUAUAGAAACUGAAUGCAAAUCAACAGCAAGGGAAAUUGAUUAUGAAUACACAAGCAAUGAUGAAGUGGAGGAUAUGUUUAAACUGUUAGAGAAAGUUAAAAAAGAAGUAGUUAUUAAUGCUGUAUCAGUCGGGGCAAUUCUUUCAGACUAUCAAAGAAUUCGCGUUGAAAAUGUUUGUUCAAGACUAGGAUUGGUACCUUUGGCUUUUUUGUGGCAACGAAAUCAAAGCGAAUUGUUAACAGAAAUGAUAAAAUGUGAAAUCGACGCUAUAAUAAUAAAAGUAGCUGCAUUGGGCUUGGAGCCUUCUCGGCAUCUUGCACGUCCACUGCGUUUAGUAGAGCCCCACUUGCAAGCCAUGAACGAAAAAUAUGGUCUUAACGUGUGCGGAGAGGGUGGAGAAUAUGAAACGUUGGUUUUGGAUUGUCCACUCUUCAGUAGCCGUAUAAUUAUAGAUGAAUCAGAAAUAGUGAUGCAUUCAAACGACCCUGUAGCCCCCGUCGGUUAUUUAAGAUUAAAAAAAUUAAGACUUGAAACUAAACUUCCUGUACUAGACUUAAAGGAAAGACUUAAGGGAAUUCCUGUAAAAGAUAGUGAUGGAUACAUAACAGAUUAUGGAGAAGAAGCGGUAGAACUAGUUAUAAAUGAUAGUCAACAAAACGAAAUCGCAGUAAAGGAGCAAGACAAUGUCGAUUGUAAUGAAAGAUAUUAUGCUCCAAUUUCGAAUUAUUCUUCUGUUAAAAGCGUUGAUGGGUUCAUAUGGAUAAAUAAUUUAACAGGAAACUCGAACGAGCCCGCGGAAGCUCUCUCGGAGGCUCUUGAAAAAUUGAAGUCUUGCCUUGAAGAAGUCAAAAUGGGAUUGAAUGAUAUCUGUUCUGUGACGAUGUACAUAAGUGAUAUGGGCCUGUUUGCAGACCUUAAUAAGGUUUAUUUGAAUAAAUUAAACUUUAUUAAUCCACCAUGCCGCGCUUGUGUUCAAGUGCCUUUUUCCACGCCUAGCAUGAUUAUUUUGGACGCCGUGGCGUGGAAGGUUCCUGAUACUUCCAGCGGUGAAAAUCCAGCUCAACGUCGUACUAUGCACGUUCAAAGUGUGUCACAUUGGGCUCCAGCAAACAUUGGCCCUUACAGUCAAGCGGUCAGAAUAGGCGAUGUAACGUAUGUUGCUGGUCAAAUAGGUCUCGUACCUGGUAGCAUGCAACUUGUAAAGGGGGGUCUAAAGGCCCAGUGCAAGCUUUCCCUUAGGCACGUGCAUCGGAUACUUAGGGCAGUUGAUGCCAGUCUCACAUUGAGAGACGUAGUUCAGGGCGUUUGUUACGUUACUGAUUUGAAACAUGUGGAAACAGCUAGAUCAUUUUGGGAAGAGAAAACAGAGAAUGCAAUUGUUGAUUACGUUGUUGUGCCAGUCUUGCCAAGAAACGCUCUAAUAGAGUGGCAUGUAUGGGCCCAUAAACAUAACAAUCGUUUUGAUUAUGAAGAAACUGGAAAGUGCGUUGAUAGUUGGUCAAUUUCGAUAUUUCGUCGUUGGACAAUUGAAAGCAACAUUGCUGCAAUAAUUUGUAAAGUGCAUACGAAUAAUCAUAAUGAGGUAGUCGGACCUUCUGAAGAUAUUUUACUCGAGGCUCUUCAAUAUACUGUACAGAAACUUCAACAGAAUCAUGAAUCAGAAACAGAACCAGUUUUUGUAUUAAAAAUAUUUUAUUCGGUUAGAAAACGUGUAGCAAUUGACAAGUUGAUAGAAUCUCUGAAUGAAAUGAAAAAUUCAUUUCCCUUAGCAUACACUGUCGUACCUGUAACCGAUUUAUGUUCUGAAUCUACGUACUUGUCUAUUAGUGGAAUUAGGAACUUGUAAGUAAUAAUUUGAGCAAUACUCGUUAUUAAAGGAGAAGGAAAAGUUCUAAUGGUAAACAGAGCAGAAAGUACUAGAAUGUUGUAAAUCCGUUUUUCAUACAAAUUAAAAAUAUUUUUGAUGGUAUUUUAUUAAUAUGUAACAUUAAAUGGUUUUUUAUUUUUUAAUGUGUAUUUAAGAAUUUUAUGAGAGAUGAAUUAAUAUAAAUUUAAAAAUACAUUUUAUUGUGAUAGUAUCUGCCCGGACAGCAUCGAUUGAAUGGCGCGCGCAUCUCUCCCUCUUUCUAAUACAAUUUUUUUGGACUGGAUAAACCGACUUUGACAAAAUUUAAUUUGUUUUUAUCGUUUCCCUAUGUUUAUAGUCGUUUGUAUUACACAUGUGCUUUUUUAUUUUAAUAUAUAUUUCAGUUUGCCUUUGUUUGUGUACUAUUAAAACGCGUUAGUGAGAGUUUAUGCUGUGAUUGUAUAAGCUUUUUUUUUAGUUAGGAAGAUGAUUUAUAUAUCAUACACGAAGAAACAAGAAGGAAAGAAAUAAGUGUAGUAGUAGUACAUUGAUUAUUAGUUAUUAGUAGGUAAGAAAUAAAACAAAAAAAUACAAGACAUAAUGAAAUGUGUAUUAUUUUUAACAAUCUUUCAAGACAGCAGGAAAAUGUACAUUCAGUGAGAGAAUAGGUUUAGGAUAUGAAACAAAAAUGGUUUUAAGAUUAAAUAUAAUUACGUUUUAAAGAUACAUAUAAAACGACUAACAAGCCUUAGCCUACGAUCACAAUUGCUCUAAAGUAAGUUUUCUGUGUGCAGCACAAUUUCUAACGACUAUCAACUAAUAUUUUUAAAGUGAUUCGAUUAUAAACGCUGUCCAUGAUGAGUGAAUGGAUUGACAGAAAUAAAAUAUUUAUAGCUUUUUGUAACAGAAAGCGUUGUAGUUUCUGUUUAAUUUUUUGAAUGAAAUUGUUUGAUAAUAUUGCAAUUAUAAAGCAUAAAAAAAAGUAUGGACAUUGAAUAAUAAUUCCCUACUAUUGGGAAUAUUUUUUUACUCAUUUUUUGUCGCAAAAAAAGGAGUCCAAAAAGCCUCAAUUAUUUUUUGACUUCCCAAUAGUAGUUUAUGUCGCAACGAAAGCAAAAGCUUAUUAAAAUGUGCUAAGUGAUAAAGUGUAAUAUACAAUCACAACGCGUAAAAGGUGUAUUAUGUUAAUAUAACAAAAAGUGAACUAUCAAGGCUGAAAUGACUUUCAACUACAUUAAAGCAGCUGAAUGGAUGGAGUAUGAUAGUUACAUUACCAUUAAUAACAUAUCUUUUUUUUUGACAUUCUGUUUAAUUUAUAAAUAUAUCUUUAAUAUCGAUUUGUAAUCGAGUACUUAUUUAAAAUCAGUAAGUAGCAACAGUCAAUCAUAUUUAAGAAGUUUCAGGAGUUACACUGUUAAAAAAAUACAUUUGAACAAAAAA